UGUUAUGAUGCAGGUCCAGCUCCAAACUUGAAUCCUAACAUUGCUUAUAAUCAUUUCUUCUUACUCGUGUCGGUGAACUUCCAUCUAUACUCAAGAAUGAGCUCAUGAAUAUCCCUGCUUCUCCUUGGAGAUUCUGGUCCGAAUGUCCCACAUGCAAGUCUCGAGGGUGGUGAAACCGUCAUUUCCCACUGCUCGGCGUCGCCAGAACACAAGCUGUGAUCCAUGCCGUCGCUCGAAGCGGCGAUGUGUCAUACUGUCCCUUACUGAUGACGAACCCGCUGCUAUAUGUACCAACUGCAAGCGAUUGAACCAUCACUGCACCUUUGACUUUAUCAAGUCUGUCUCUUCAAGGCCGAGGAAGCGCAAAGACCCAGCAGGUGUUGGCGCACAGCUACUGCACCUUAACCAGUCGCAGGUUCACAAUCAGAGGGAUGAGACACUGAUCAAUUGCCUGGGAGAUGGUUUUGAAGUCAAUAUUGGCACUAGCGAUGAAGACUUCACAUCGUGGCUCAAUUUCGAUAUUGAGCUGUCUCAGAGCACCAGCACCGAUAUAUACGACCCGUUCUCGGCCUCAUCACUGGACUCUUCAAGGGCUACAGAAGCGCUUGGUGAGCCAUCUUUACCUUCUCCGUCGGCAGCUUCACGGGCAGAACACCAGUCUCUGUCAACCAACCCCCAGUCAAUGCUCGUGGGCAGGAGUAGGAAUAGCCCGAUACGCCUGUUGAAUUCAAAACUGGAAGCGACGGUGCUCGACGAGUGUCUUGCUUCGAUCUACAAUACCAUCGUAAGGGAUUCUGCGUCAAGGUUUAUAGAUUAUGAGUGCAACCUUUCUGCAUCGGGUCAUCCCUAUUAUCUCGAAAGUAGAUUCUCUGAGCAGGCAGAACUUGGGGGCGCCAACAAGCACCUAUCCUCUCAACUGUCAGCGACUCAGGGUAUUCGACACCCUAGAAUGACUAUGCUGGGCGCUGUGCGGUUCCUAGAUCAUUUUAGUCACCUCUACGGCAACAAACUAAGCAUCGCAGCUCGGAAACAGUCAGACACGGUUCUGAAAGCAGUGCUUCGAGUGUUUUCCCUUCAAUGGCUGCCCACAUCGGAGGGGGUGUCACCUGCAGGACAGCACGCAGGCCGUGAUGCUCUCGUUGACACUUUCCAUGACUCCUGGAUAAAGGCACGGUCACUUAUCCAAGGCAGUUUGCCAGUCCCGUCAUUUCGGGUGGUGUGUGCCAUUCUUCUCUUCGAUGGUAUCGUCAUUCCUUCCCACGCAUAUGACAGGCCAGACGGAACGACUGUCAGGGUGCACGAAUUUCUCGACAUCGGGCUGCAGAAGCUGUCCCGUCUGGAUGAUCUCGUCCGGAAGUAUUGCCGUCAACUGGGGCCCACAUCACUUUACGGGACCUUAUUACAUUCCAGUCUAGACAUCAUCCGCUGGGGAGGUUAUAUCCGGGACAUUGGGGCCGCUCUUUUCACAGAUUAUCAGUGCAAGCUCCCUGAGCUGCUUGGUCACAGGAAAGUGUCCCUGGAGAAUAAUUCGACACUACCGCCGCCAAUCAACCAUAUCCACCCCAGCGAUCUCGAUGCUAGUAUCCCACGGAUCUAUCGCACUGCUGUAGCAAGAGCUUUUUCCAUAUGGCGAAUGAUGAUCAAAGUCAAGGAUCUCAUCCCACCCAGCGGCACCACUAACAACAAACACGCACUUCCUCCCACAUCAUGGGAAAUCAUAGCGUCGACCAUGACCGCAGUAGACGACUACAACCACACCCUCCGCCCAUUCAUGGCGCAUUGCAUGGAGAGCUACGCCCACCUCUCCACCGAGUCCAAGAUCUACGCAUUAUCUGUCCUAACCUUCUGGGACCUCGGAACCCUGAUUUUCGCCCAAACACUAACCUCCAUCCUCCACCACCUCUCCCUCAACCACGACUCCUCUUCCUCACUACUCCCCAUCACAGAAUCACACAUCCGUACUCUCCAAGAGACCGCCGUAAUCUCCAUCGCUCAAGCGAUAGGAUGUUCUCUCACCCACCCUGUUGCACACGACACCUUCAACCUGCAAAACGGAUUGAGCGCGGACCUCCCCCUCACCGCGUAUCAUAUCACCCCGACGCUUAUGGUCACGGCCUUGCGUCUGGCGAUCGAGACCAGUAUUGAGCUUUGGCUCGGAGGUCUGGGGUCAGGGUCAGCCUAUCAAGCCGGCAAUAUUGGUGGUGGUGGUGGUGGUGGUGACGAUGAUGAAGAUGAUGAUAGUGUCUGGCAGGAGCGGGUCGAUGUACUCGUCAAAGGGCUCUUGUCGUUAGAGGUGACCAUCGGCGGAUCGCAGGCGGUAGCGCCGGUACUGGAGGAUCUGUUGCGGAGGUAUGGGGAUGUGGUGUCUGAGUGUUGGAGCUGCGAGUUUUAGGAAGUUGACACCCGAUGUCAUGGUUGUAUACUAGCUCCUGUAAAUAGAAGUGUACAGCAUCAGAAAUCCCCAUUCGC